ACGGGCUUACUCAGGGUUAUCAGGAGGCUGUUUAGGGUUCAGCUCAGUGCUCAGAUCAGAGUGUCUAUUUAAAACCACCUCCUCCCUCCCUUGAAUGAUUCAACAGCAGUAUGCCCCUCCCCCCUCCACAGCUCCCAUCAAGAUCAGCUGGAGGAAGUGGUGGCUCAGCCAAUGAGAUUACAGUGGUAGACCUACACUGUUUGUUCCUGUGUGUUUUUCUAGAGCUGAAGGGAGGACAAGCCUGGACACACAGCAGCAGCAGAUCCGUAUUUAUGUGUUUGAAAAAAAAAAUGUAGGGCAGCAGCUUGCUCUGUUUCUGCCUGCUGCAUCUCUCUUCCUAUCUUACUCCACUCCUUUGUUUCUGCUCAGUGACGGCUGACGCUGUUGUCGCAGCUCUACUUCCGUAUAUUCAAGGCUUGGCUCUCUUGGUUUCUCUGGAAUCUACUGUUUCGAUCUGGAUUCACCUCAAGGAUUUACAGAAGGGGCAUGUAAGACCCCUGAUCGGCAAUCAUCUGUGUGAGAGUGUGUGUGUUGCUGUAUGUGGGUGGGUGUGAGAGUCGGGUGACUCAAAGAUCCAGCAAUGCAUUCCUGUUGGAAAAUGAAGAUUCAGAAUGAAAAGCCUCUGGGUCAUUCAGCAAGCAGAUCCAGUAAUAUAUCAAAGGCGGGAAGCCCGACUUCAGUUAGCGCCCCAUGCAGUUUCUCAAGGACAUCCGUUUCCCCUUCCAGCCAGGACAUCUGCAGGAUUUGUCACUGUGAAGGAGAUGAUGAGAGUCCUCUGAUCACACCGUGCCACUGCACAGGGAGCCUGCGCUUCGUCCACCAGAGCUGUCUGCAGCAGUGGAUCAAGAGCUCAGACACCCGCUGCUGUGAGCUGUGCAAAUAUGAGUUCAUCAUGGAAACGAAGCUCAAACCACUGCGCAAGUGGGAGAAACUACAGAUGACCGCGAGCGAGAGAAGGAAGAUCAUGUGCUCAGUUACCUUCCACGUCAUUGCAAUCACCUGCGUGGUCUGGUCCCUCUACGUCCUCAUCGACAGAACAGCAGAUGAAAUAAAAAAUGCCCGAAGAAUCCCAGGUAUCCUGGAAUGGCCUUUCUGGACCAAGCUUGUGGUGGUGGCCAUCGGCUUCACCGGUGGACUGGUUUUUAUGUAUGUCCAGUGCAAGGUCUACAUCCAUCUAUGGAAGAGACUCAAGGCCUACAACCGGGUCAUUUAUGUGCAGAACCGGCCGGACACAUGUAAAAAACUGGCGCUGGAGAAACCCCCGCUCAUGGAGCCAAGCCUGGAGAGCAAGGAGGCUCUGGCCCCCAACCAGUCAGACACAAACUCCUCCCAGUACACAGAGACAGAAGAAUACAGUAUGGAGGUGCUGCAUGUCUGACACAAAAUAAAUUUCAUCAACCCCCCCUACUUGUGCUGGUAGAAACCGGUGGGAGGGAAGAGUAGCGCUUGACGUUCACCUUCCUCUGAUGGUAGACUUGACUGUCCUUUUCUGACUCCGCCUGUUCACUCCAACCACAUUCAACCUUUCCCCUCCCAGGACCGAACUGUUUGUACCGACUCUUAUAAAUGUCACAAAAGGCCUGGAGCUCAACACUCUACAUGCUCUGUUCACGUUCCCCUCCAGAUGAGCGGAUCAGGAAAUCCCUAAAAGCCCAUAUUUGAUGCAUCGUUUUUUGGACUUGUUAGAACGCGUUUAUUUCUACCUACACAUGAUAACAAUGAAGUGUUAGAUCAAUACGCUGCCGUGCAUCUGAUCUCUUGAACCUUCCAUAUACUGCCAUCUUCGCACUAGUCAGACUGUGACCAGGCCUUGGAAAUGCAUUGAAGCACUUUUUUUGAAGCUCUAAAUCAUCUCCUCUCCUACUUUUUUAGUUCUUUUCCUUUUUUUAAUUUAGAAUGACGUAAAUGUUGUAUUUUGUUCAUUGGGAAGAGCACAGUGAAACUUUUUCCUUAAAUGCACAUACUCUUACGGACUUAACCCUCACUUGGAUGGGGAAAAAAAAAAAAAAGAAAUUGGGAUGGUAAAAUGAGGGAAACCUGCUUAAGGAAACAGAAAGUGUUAACAUCUGACUCCUCUACCGCCCAACACAUGGACUUUCUGAAGGCUUUGAGAAUGUAAUAUUUUCUAAAAAUGAUUAAAAACAUAAAUAAAAUCAAAAAAAUAUUUUUUUUACUAGUAACUUGACAUUGCAAGAAUCAUUUCCAUGUCUUGAGAAGGUAAUGCAAGCCUGCAGGCAUAUAACAGCAUUACAUUUUUUUUUUUUUUUUUGGUUUAAUAUCUUGUGAAUGACAGUAUUUACAGUGUGAUAUUCCUUGUGUAGUUUUUAAUGUGAGCUGAUGUGUUUGCUUAGUCAUGAGACAUUACCAAUUUAGGCCUCGAGAAAUGAACAGCUUACUGUUUUCGGUUUCCUUUUUUGUUGCUCACACUUCCUCGCAGACAAGGAUCUAUAACAUUUGCUGCCAGAUCAGAUUAAGAAACCAACAGGUUGAUAAUGUGAUUUUCUUCUUUUUUUUGCCUAUUUUUCGCCUUAGCAGGUUGAGAUAUUUAUAUUCCAUUAAUAGCCUGCUUUUAAAUAUUUCAUCAACAAGCUGUAAAAGAAACACAAACUGUGGUUUGCUUGUUUUCUUCUCCAGUGUCACAUGCUCCAUCAUGUCUGUUUUAUUUUAUCACCAGACAACCAGCAUCAUACCUCUCAGUUCCUGUUUCCUCCUAAAUUACAUCUGACUGCAAGCUCUUUAAUAUAAAGUUGAUUCUAUACUCUGACAGUUCAAUCAUUUUUCAAUAAAACCAUCUUUAGGUUUGCAGCCUGUGAUGGAAACUGAGCUUUAUGAAUAAUUUGAUUGUGUCGCCACCUGCUGGUGUGCAGCUUAAAUAGCAAUCUAAAGCAAACAGCAGUUGAUUUCUCGUGGCUUUAUUUCUUUCAUUUGUGGAAAAUGCAAGCAAUGCAAGACUUUACAGCCAUUCAAACAACACAAACAUUUUCUUAAACUGUCCCUUAUACCAGUAUGCUGUCUGUGAUCAUUAAGGAUGUGUUAGUGCUCUGCAGCAGCAAUAAUUAAAGCACAGGUUGUUGGGUUUUUUGUAAUAAUGCAUAUUAUAUUUAAUUAUAAGCCCUUGUGAUCUGGGAUUGUGUUUGAAUAGAGAGCAUGGGCAAAAGGAACCUCCAUCACCCCGUGUUUAGUUUGUUUAAAAAAACAGUUACCCUUCUUCAAUACCCAGAAGGCUCCAUGCAAAUUAGACAGGUUUUAAAAAGUGCAAUUACGUUUUUUUUUUUUUUUGUUUUUUUUUUGUUAUUCUUCUCUACAGUAAUAUUAAAGGUCAGGGUGUCCUUUGGAUAGGUAAUGAAAUUCUUUAUUUUUGUGUUUGUAUUUAUUUUUAUCAGAAAUAGUGUACACUUUGUUUAUAGAAACCAACCCUUCUUUAAGCUGUUUUUAUGCAACUUGCAUCUAGUCCCUUUUUUCAGGCUUAAGCAAGGGCAAAUAUUUUUGCUGCUUGUGUUUUGCACAGUUUUUCUUUCAUAUAUUAAUCUUUGUUUUCCUCUUUUUAAAUCAGUUGUUAGAUUCUGUUAGAAAUAUGCAACUACUGCUAAAAUGUACAGCAUUUAAAUUCUAGAAAUGAAAAUGGCUGAACGAAGCUGCAGUUUCCCUGAAACGAGAGAUUUAGGCAUUUAAUUUGCCUUUUUUUGAUUUACUGUCACCUUCCAGGAGCUGGCUCCUUUUAUGAAGUUGAUGGUUUUAAUGGAUGUUUCUCUUGGAUAGCCUAUUUACAUUUUACUUAAGUUCAAUCAGAUACACAUGCAAUAGCCAGAAUAUGAAAUUAUCUCCACUUGACAACUUUAUAGUCCAUUAAUCCUAACUCCCGUCCAGGAAUCUGAGCUUUACUCAACUUAAUGCGACUCUUUGUCUCAACAUUUUCUCUCAUCUCCUGUAUUUUCCCCAAGUGUUUUGUUUCAUGAAACUAGAUCAUGUCUGGGACUAGUUGAACUUGCAUAAAAAGCUUAAUUUGUUUACUACUGACCGGACUUGAACAUGUAUGACUGUUUUCCCCGCGUCUUAUAUCAUUCCACGUGUUUUUUGUCUGUGAAUUUGCUUUAAGAUAGUAACUGUAAAGAGUUUGGUAAAAGUGUGUACGUUUUUAAGAGAAAUCUUGAUGUGUUUUCAGUUUAUUUCCAAUGUUUGAACAAAUAUGUAAAAUUAAAAAGAACAACCAAAUAAAAAUUAAGU